ACGUAUCCGUCGUACAAAACAUGAUGACUGGGAUUUACUUUUACUUGUCCUUUUAAGUCGACCAUUGUUGUUUCAACCUUGCGGAAACUGUAACUCUGUUUUUGAGUUGUUUGGUUAAGAGAAUCCAAAGAUGGCGAGUCUAGGCCAUAUAGCUAGGGAAUCAUCGAACAUCACACGCCUCGCCCAAUUUUACAAAGAGAUAUUUGGGUUUGAGGAGAUUGAAAACCCUGAUUUUGGAGACAUAAAGGUCAUUUGGCUAAACUUACCAGGUGCUUUUGCUAUGCACAUCAUCCAGAGGAACCCUUCAUCAAACCUUCCAGAAAGUCCUUACAGUUCCACCUCUGCGGUUAAGGAUCCUAGCCAUCUCUCAACGGGUCACCAUAUCUGCUUCUCUGUCUCUGACUUCGACUCUUUUCUUCGUUUGCUCAAGGAGAAAGGGAUAGAAACUUUUCAGAAGUCACUUCCUGAUGGAAAAGUCAAGCAAGUUUUCUUCUUUGAUCCAGAUGGGAACGGAUUAGAGGUAGCAAGUCGAUCUUGAGCCUUUGAACCUGAAAAAUGUGGUGGUAUCACUUAUAGAAAUGAAAUAAAAGUAUUCCGUGGUGGUAUCACUUAUAGAAAUGAAAUAAAAGUAUGGAAUAAUCCAGUUUGUUGGAACAGGAUAAAUAAGGCUGCAUAUAUAUAUAUAUAUAUAUAUGUAAACUCUUGUUAUGUCUAGGUUUGAUGUUAACAUUUGACAAGUUACGCUUCAACGCUCAUGUCAUGUGCCUUGAAUGUUGGAUUUAUAUUAGCAUUAAUGAGCUUUUCUUGUCUAGUA